AUGUCUUCUAACGCUGGUUUUCAAUCCCUUUUCUUCCACUUUGACAAUGAAGCAGGUAAUCUUACUUUCGCACCUAUGGACGGGUUGAUAAAUGACAUUGUUGAGGAGCAACAACAUAUUCGUGUCGUAGAUGAUAGUCUUUCCAUAAAUACGGUAAUGGAAUGGGAGACGAGUCAUCCAGCUGGUGAACCUAACAACAAUUCAACGAUGCAACUUCUAACUUUUAUGGAAUACAGAAAUAUCAUUUCUGAAAGCGAAAUGUCUCAAGAAUCAGAGGUGCCUUUGGCUGAAACACCUUCUGUUGCUCCGUCUACUUCUGUCACUCCUGUUCGCAGUAAAAGAGGAGCAUAUCAUAAGUAUACUGAAAAGCAAGUCCUGGAUAUAUUCCAUUUGGUAUUCGAAUGUGGUAUGACAGCAAAAACUGCUUCUGAGAAGACUGGUAUCGUCAUUAGAACUGGUCAGAGCUAUAUCCGCCAGGAAAGACUUCGAAGAGCAGCUGAAUACGAACUCCCUUCUGAUGUCUCUGGACAAGCAAUUGAAGAGAAACCUGUGAAAACAGGAAACAAGAAACUUUUUGAUGAUCACUCUAAGUUCUUGGUACAACUUUAUGAGAAAAAUCCUGCAGCUACAUUGGCACAAGCCAGGGAAGCCCUAUGCAAAGAAUUUGAAGGCUUGACUAUCACCUUGUCUGGGCUUCAGAAGCACUUGAUGAAGAAGUUUGUUGUGAAAGGGAGCCCAGCUGUCAAUUACCAAUAAUAAGAGGAAAGCUAAUGGUAAACUGGAGGACCAAUAAAAGCGAGAAAUUUCAUAUUUGUAUUUUGACCAAUUAUGGCAACUUAAACGUUUACACAAUCCCCCCUCUAGAAGAAGUAGUAGCCUGACCUUUGUCCUUCUCAUUGAUGCUUGGAUACCAAAUUCGCAUAUGUCUAGUAUUAGCAGUUGGCAGAUAAUUCGAAGCAUCGUCUUUUUUCUUGAUCGUGUAUGCAGUUCCUUCGCUGUUAUUUUUCUUGACAACGAUCCAAGGGCCAGACUAACGUUCUUUUGGAAAAGUGGAUUUCUCUAAGUUUUUUCUUGCUAUGAGACCACCGACUUGAUAAUUAUACUUGAUCUUAGAUUUCUUG